UUAUCUUGAUCAAGAACUGUAUCCUGACUUGUUCCUGUUACUUCUGAGUCAUUCCUUAACCCGAGUUGUACUCUGCUACUUCCCUAAUAAACCACUUGACUGUAAGUACAGCUCGUGAAUUCUAUGAGACAUUGCAGUGAAUUACUCAACCCAUAGACAGGAGGGAGAGUACUGAGGGGAGGAGGAGCAGUUGAUGUUAGAGAUGAUGGAGUAGGACAGCAGUUUGGAAAAACUGGACAUUUGGGAUCUCUUUAACCUCCGUCUCAUAGGAACAAGCUUUACGCUGAUCCUUAUAAAAGAAAUUACUCGUUUAAAUGGGAAAUUCUAGAAGACUUUGAAAAAGUAGAAGUCAGUCAAGCUUUGCAAGAUGGAGGAAAGCAAAGAUAGAAAUGAGAAUGUGGUAUUAGGGAGACCAGUCAAAGGGAUGAGACAAGGAAGAGGAGACACUGAGAACACUGGGAAGAGUAAUGAUGGAGUUCCAGAGCAGAGAGGGCAGUGAGGGGAAGGCAGAGUUGAGUAGAUAUACCAACUGUAGAUUAAAGCCAAUUGAAGCUGGGCAAUUGUUUCACAGAUGUGAAAAUAAAGGUUUGGGCAGGUGAAGUGACUUUUCAGAAUCACAUGGGGAAUUUUCCAGGGCAGUAAGAAGGAGGCUGGAGACCAGGAGAGCAGCUGGAAGCGAGAGACAUAGAGAAAGCCAGAAAGAAGUCAGGGCUGGAGGGGAAAUGAGAAGCUGAGUAGGAGGCCCAGGGCUGUGGGAAGCACAACUUUUCUCUGAUAGCCUCUCUGAGGGAGAAACUGUCAGUUGGAAAAGAGAGGAAGUCAGGUUUGCUGAAAUCGGAGAUCAAACACCAGGUCUGAGUCAGAAAUUCUGUCUCCCAGCGAAAUGCUGCUUCUGGCACUUCUAUUGCUGGUAGUUCUCCUUCCAGAUGGCAAUAAUGAGGACGGUUUCCAGGGGCCAACCUUCUACCUCAUCCAGACCUCAUCCUUUGCCAACAGCACUUGGGCACAAAAUCAAGGCUCAGGCUGGUUGGAUGAUUUGCAGAUUCAUGGCUGGGAUAGUGACUCAGGCACCGCUAUUUUCCUGAAGCCCUGGUCCAAGGGUAACUUCAGUGAUGAGGAGAUGAUAGAGCUGGAGGAGCUAUUUAGAGUCUACCUCAUUGGAUUUAUUCGGGAAGUGCAGGACCGAGCCAGUGAUUUCCAGAUGGAAUACCCCUUUGAAAUCCAGGGCAUAGCAGGCUGUGAGCUGCUUUCUGGGGAGAACACUGUAAGCUUCCUGAGGGGAGCUUUAGGAGGACUGGAUUUCCUGAGCGUCAAGAAUUAUUCAUGUGCACCUGCCCCAGAGGGCGGCAGCAGAGCAGAGCGGUUCUGUGCACUAGUCAGUCAGUACCAAGGGAUCCUUGAUACAAUAGAGAAGCUUCUCUACAAAUCCUGCCCUCGAUUUCUGUUGAGUGUUCUCAAUGCAGGGAAGGCAGAUCUGCAGAGGCAAGAGAAGCCUGAGACCUGGCUGUCCGGUGGCCCCUCUCCUGGUUCAGACCGUCUGCUGCUGGUGUGCCACAUCUCAGGAUUCUACCCAAAGCCUGUGUGGGUGAUGUGGAUGCGGGGGGAGCAGGAGCAACUGGGCACUCAGCGUAGUGAUGUCCUGCCUAAUUCAGAUGGGACCUGGUAUCUCCGAGCAACCCUGGAUGUGGUGGCUGGGAGGGCAGCUGGCCUAUCUUGCCGAGUGAAGCACAGCAGUCUAGGUGGCCAGGACAUCAUCCUCUACUGGGGACAUCCCAUCUCCAUCGGCUUGAUCUGUUUGGCAAUAAUAGUGCCCUCCUUGAUCCUUUCGAUAGGCCUUGCAUUAUGGUUUAUGAGGCGCUGGUCAUAUCAGAAUAUCCAGUGAGCACUCAUCACAUCUCCUUUCCCAUUAGGAAUAAGAGCUCAUGAUGUCUGCCAGGGUCAAAUUGUGAUACUCAUCGUAUUUCAUUAAAUCAGAGUUCCAUCCACUUGUACGAUGAAUCAUAAUCUGUACAACAGCAGAACAAUUAUUUUAAAACUGUGAACUUAUUGUAAGAUGGUAUUGAUAUUAAGAUCCAUCCAGAUUUCAUAGAUGUUAAAAUGCGAGAAAAACUGUGUAUCAGAAUAAAUGAAACGUGGAAUAUAUAUCUUAAUGGCAACAUCCCUUUAACUUUUCAUUUUAAAGUGUUUUUUUUCCUACUGUUUACAUGUCAUUGGUCAUAGUAGGAUAAAUAUAAUUGUGCAGGAAUGUAUUUGCGGAGAUGCUGAGUUUUUCAAGUGUAAUUUUUCUGUAUCUGUCUGGAUGACCUUCUAAUUCUCAAGGCCCAGCAGAGAUGCCACUUCCUCCAGGAAGCCUUCCCUCAUGCCACAGUGGAAACAACCCUGUCUGGUCUGGAGAGAGCCACUUUACUCUGUAUCCAUGGCAUUGCAGUUGUUUUUGUUUUUCUUCCCCUUCUACUUUGUAAGUUCCUUGAGGGUAGUGUUUGCCAUAUGUGGAUCCCUGGCAAGCUCUCUUACCUGUGUAUGUGUUUGCUUAGUAAAAAUGAUCUGAGUUAAUACAA